UGCCUCGGACAGCCCUUAGUCUUCUUGCCUGCCGAAAACGAAUGGCUCUGUCUUGGUUGUGGUCGUCGCCUCAACCGACGUUUUGCGUGCCUGCAGACAUGAUGCAGCGACAGUCACGAGAACUGCCCGGAGGCGAACGCAUCCAUAUCAGCAGCCUGUGCGAGUCCGACGAGUUGGUCUCGAGCGUCGAAGGCGCCUCGUCAUUGUACGCCAUCUUCCAACGAGGGCUCAGGCUGGCGGGUGAUGGUAACUGUUUGGGUUGGAUUCCGUCUCCGAAUGAAGAUUUUCAUUGGCUGUCAUACAAACGGGUGAACGAGAGGGCCACUCAGUUUGGAUCUGGCCUCAUCAAGAAAUUCGGAUGUACGACCGACAGCAAGUCGUUCAUUGGCAUCUUCAUGCAGAAUAAGCCAGAGUGGGUGAUCACAGAACAGGCGGUCAAUGCCUACAGCAUGGUUCUUGUUCCUCUUUAUGACACCCUUGGUCCCAGUGCAGUCUCAUACAUUAUUAAUCAGGCUGAGAUAUCAUUGAUAGUGUGUGACAGUAAUAAAGUAGACAUCUUGAUCGAACAGAAACAGAAUUGCUCGAACUUGAAGGUCAUCAUUAAAGUUGGAGAUGUUACAAUCGAAGACACAGAGAAGGCAGAGUCAGCUGGUGUAGAGAUAGUUUCAUUUCUGGAUGUAGAGACUGCUGGAGUGGAGGAUCAACAUGAUCAUGUUCCUCCUAAACCUUCAUCUUUGGCAACAGUUUGCUACACAAGUGGGACAACAGGUGAUCCUAAGGGUGUCAUGUUGACUCACCAGAACUUUGCUGCUGUUAUAGGUGCUAGUUUGCAGAAUACACAAGCUAUGUCAAUAGAGUUUACUCCAACUGAUGUCCACUUUUCGUACUUGCCGCUUGCACAUUCGUUUGAACGAAUUAUUCAGGCUAUGUUCCUAUCAAAUGGAGGGCAAAUUGGCUUCUUCCAAGGUGACAGGCUGCUGAUUCUUGAUGACUUGAAGAAACUUAGGCCAACAUUCUUUCCUGCCGUUCCUCGUAUCCUGAAUCGUGUGUAUGACAAAGUGAUGGCUGGUGUGUCUGCAAGCGUGGUCAAGAAACAUUUGUUUAAUUUUGCCAUGUGGUUGAAAAAGAAGGAAUUGGAAAGAGGAAUUAUUACAAACAACUCGUGGGCGGAUAUUCUCGUUUUUCGCAAAAUCCAGGAUAGGUUUGGUGGUCGGCUCCGUUGUGUUAUCACAGGCUCGGCUCCCGUCUCAGAUACGGUGUUGAGAUUCUUUCGUAGUGCAUUAGGUUGCCCGGUCCUAGAGGGAUACGGACAGACAGAGAACUGUGCCGGUGCUUGUGUUACGUUGCCAUGUGACCCAGAGCCUGGAAAUGUUGGGCCUCCUCUCACUUGCAACUACAUCAAACUAGUAGAUGUUCCCGAUUUGGAAUACUUUUCUGCAAACGACCAGGGAGAGGUGUGUUUAAAAGGUCCCAAUGUUUUCAUUGGUUAUCUCCACAAUGAGGAGAAGACUCGAGAUGCACUAGACAAAGACAACUGGUUGCAUACUGGAGAUGUUGGUGAAUGGCUGCCGAAUGGAACACUCAAGAUCAUUGAUCGGGCUAAGCACAUUUUCAAAUUGUCUCAGGGUGAGUACGUAGCUCCUGAGAAAGUAGAGCAAGUCUACUCGCUUUCACCACUCGUAGCCCAAGUAUUUGUAUAUGGAGACAGUCUGAAGGAUUUUCCUGUUGGAGUUGUUGUACCUGAUGAGCCAGCCUUUCUUUCGUGGGCUGAGCAGAGGGGCUGGAAGGGAUCAAUGGAUGAACUUUGUGAGAAUGAGGAUUUGAACAAGGAGUUUUUGAAGGCCUUAGUAAGUGUCGGAAAGGAAAUGGAGCUGCGAGGAUUUGAGCAGAUGAAGGCUGUGCACCUUCAUCAUGACCUGUUCUCGAUUGAAAAUGAUCUGAUAACGCCGACUCUUAAGAACAAGAGACCUCAGCUGAAGAAACGAUUUUCUGAGGAACUGGAUGCCAUGUAUGCCAAGUUAGCAUCUUGAAGUUCGAAUAGACAAGAUUUAUAUGCUCCUUUUUGUUGAUUGUCUAACGUUACGCUCAGAUUGCACAUGGUACCAAUAGUCGUUGACCUUAAUUAGUGUAAGUUGGUGUUUGCUGUUUCUUGUACUUGAACUAGUUGAUUAAGCCAGUAUAACUUUGUUUUGUUUUCGUGUGAGAAGACUGUAGACCAAGGCAUGUCUAGUUAAUG